AUGGCGGCCCGUCCCCACCCCUCAGCACACUGCAGCCCCCGCACUGUGCUCGCCUUCCACGGCGGCUCCGGUCCCCCAGCUGGCCGGAAGGGGCCACGAUGCUCUCCCGGCCCCUGCACCUGGAUGGCCUGCUGCGUCAGGGCCCCGAGCCCUGUCUCCCCAGAGGGAGCGGACAAGAAGGUGAGGCGAACAGUCCCGCCUCGCGUGCCGAGAGCCAACGGCUGGUCGCUGCCUCUGCACCCGUUCCAGGUCAUGUCCUGGGUCAUGUUCCUCGUGCUGGCUUUCACCGCCUUCUUCAUCUUCAUCCCUCUGCUGCCGCACGUGUGGAAGCUCACCGCGUAUGGCGUGACCGGCGGGUGUUUCUUACUGUACCUCAUCGUCCACCUGGUGGCAGUUUCUGUCGACCCGGCCGAAGCCAGCGUCAGGCACAGGAAGAGCUACCGCCAGGAGGCACCGUCUUUCGACCGGUCCAAGCAGCCGCACGUCAUCCAGAACCGGUUCUGCUGUUUGUGCCGGGUCGCUGUAGGCCCAAAGACCAAGCACUGCAGCGCCUGCAACAAAUGUGUCGCCGGCUUCGACCACCACUGCAAGUGGCUGAACAACUGCGUGGGCAGCAGGAACUACUGGUUCUUCCUGAGCUCCGUGGCCUUGGCGCUCGCCGGUCUGCUGUGCGUCGCUGCCAUCCUGACGUGCGUGUUCGUCCAGUACGUCAUCAGCCCCAUGUGGCUCCGUUCGGAUCCCAGCUUUCGUGUUGUCACCAACGUUAAGACCUGGCUGCUGUUCCUGCCUUUCGCCCCCAUGAAGACGAAGGCCUCGGUGCUGCUGAGCAUCGGCGUGUUUGUGGCAUUGCUGACUCUCUCUGGCCUGGUGGUGCUCGGGCAUUUGCUCAUCUUUCACCUGUACUUGAUGUCGAACGGGCUGAGCACACUUGAGUACAUUACACGCGGCCACAAACAGCAGGUGUCUAAAGACCCGGCACCGGUCAAAAACCCAUCCUCCAAAACGGAAUCGCCACAGGUACCGAUGUCCCCGUGCUUCAUCGUCCUUGUGUGUCCAGGGCUGGGACGAGGCCUAAGGUCACCUAAGUGGCCGGGGCCACUUAGCCACAGUCCUUCGCUUCUGUGCGGGCAUAGUCCUGUGGGACUGUGUGUGCGCGCGCACGGUGGCGUGGCUGAAGUGAGGAGCACUGGCCGUGCCACGCGCUGGCAGAACCGCGGGGUACUGGCCACCGCCCACGUCGCCGGCGAGAAUGUCGGCCAUGCCCCUGGGAAAGUGUCCUGUCGUUUUCUCAGAGCCUGA